AUGAAGGCACAGUGUGUUUCCCUCCAGCUCAUGGCUGCUAUACUCUUCUUGUGCUCAGUGCAUGCCCGAGGACUUAGGAGAUGUCUGGUUUCCAUCGACAUACGCCAUAUAGAAGAGAGUUUCCAAGAAAUCAAAAAAACCAUCCAAGCUAAAGACACCUUCCAAAAUGUCACCAUCCUGGCCACGUCGGAGACCCUGCAUGGCAUUAAGCCCUUAGAUGUAUGCUGUGUGACCAAGAACCUCCUGGCAUUUUACGUGGACAAGGUGUUCAAGGACCAUCAGGAGCUGAACCCCCAAAUCUUGAGAAAACUCAGCAGCAUUGCCAACUCUUUCCUCUACAUGCACAGAGCUCUGCAACAAUGUCAGAUGCAAAAGCAGUGUCACUGCAGGGAGGAAGCCACCAACAUCACCAGAACCAUCCUUGACAACUACAGUGAGCUGGAGGUCAGAUCAGCGGCCAUUAAGUCUCUGGGAGAACUUGACGUCUUUCUAACCUGGAUUGACAAGAAUCAUCAAGGAACUUCUGCUGCCUGACAACCAACC